ACAAUAAGAACUUCCACAGGCAAAACUCCAUUCUCAUUAACAUAUGGUUCAGAAGCUGUUGUCUCUGUCAAACUCGGUGCGCCGACAUAUCGAAUUCAAAAUUACACCGAAAACUCCAACUCGGAAAAUAUGAAGGCAAAUCUUGAUUUACUUGAUGAACUUUGCACCCGAGCCGAACUAAAAAAUGUUGCAUAUAAACAGAGAAGUGAGAGGUACAUCAAUUCCAAAUUUAAACCUCGCGGCUUUCAAGUUGGAGAUCUC